AUGAAGCCCACUUCGCCAAGAACACUUAAGAUAGCCUUAAGUAUCAGACUUCACUUCGUAGCCUUUUAUGAUGUCUUCCAGUAUGAUGCCAUCCAGUAUGAUGUCAUCCAGUAUGAUGUCAUCCAGUAUGAUGUCAUCCAGUAUGAUGUCAUCCAGUAUGAUGUCAUCCAGUAUGAUGCCAUCCAGUAUGAUGUCAUCCAGUAUGAUGUCAUCCAGUAUGGUGUCAUCCAGUAUGAUGUCAUCCAGUAUGAUGUCAUCCAGUAUGAUGUCAUCCAGUAUGAUGUCAUCCAGUAUGAUGUCAUCCAGUAUGAUGCCAUCCAGUAUGAUGCCAUCCAGUAUGAUGUCAUCCAGUAUGGUGUCAUCCAGUAUGAUGUCAUCCAGUAUGAUGUCAUCCAGUAUGGUGUCAUCCAGUAUGAUGUCAUCUAG